AUGAACUCUGACCUCUUUCAGUGGUUUUGGGUCCAUAACUCUUCUGAGCCUGAUUAUGUUUCUACAUCUUUAAUCCAAAGUUAUUGAAGCUACCAAUCUGCAGCUCUAAUUAUAUACCUGAUGCUAAUCAAAAAUUUUGUAUUUGGAAAAAGAAAUGAUUUCAAGGCGCUUAUUCUUUCACUAAUAGUUAUGGGUCUCACUAGCGCUCUUUUCCAAGUUUAUGGGAACUUCUUGACUCAAUUUAUAAUGCUUUCUGCAAUCCUCAUAACUCAACUUAAUUUUGCUAGAAAAGCAAAUAUAGAGAUUUCGCACGGAUUGGAAUGCUUUAUUGCUGUCAACUUUUUAGCGAGCUUUUUCCAUCCAAUAUUUAUGUGGAUUAAUAUUUUAACGCUUUUCAUUGUUCUUGAUAAGUUUAUUUUAGGAUUUUCUUUGAAGCUCUCAAGUAAAGGUGUUUUGUGUGGACUUUUCUUGAUCACUCUUAAUAUUUUAUAUUUUGUUUGCUUGAUACUUGACCUGUUUGACACAAAAUUCCAAUAUUUUAUUGCAGUUUCUUAUGCUUUAAUCUACACUUAUCUUUUCAUAAGCUUUUUAGCUCUAGAAUAUUUUAUUUCUAAAGGACAUAUCAAAGAAGAUUAA